AUGUAUGUAUUAUGUAUGCAAGUAUGUAUUAUGUAGUUAGGUUUGUAGGUUGGUAUAAAGAAGUGGGGAAACGAGAGACUUUUUACGUUUCGGUGGAGACAUUCAGCUAGUAUGAAAAAUUUACUUUACUUUUGAUUUCGACUCUGCAUGACUACCAUCUUAUAACUUCCUUAUUUACUUACACUUCUCUCUUCUGUUUUUGUUGAUUACCCACUCUCUCUUUUACUCCAUUUUCUUUGACUCUUGCUGUCUUUAUCUCUCACCUUUCACGAUCAAUCUUUCUCUAGCAUUCGAGAGAAACGAUUUCGUUUCUCUUUUUACAUCAAAUGCGUCCAGUAAGAGCGCCAUGAUAUCUCUUGUAAACUCUCUCAGCGGACUUUUACAAUGAAGUGGAGAAAAUCGGAUAAAACACAGACAAUUCCGACAUGGAUUCUACAGUUCAGAGAGACAGAUAUACCAAACUUACCUCGGUUAACUUUGAUCAGUGACCACCCGCUGGUGCGUUACGAAGGAGCCAAAUUUAAGGAAGAACGUUACAUUCCGAUCACAGUACCAUCACCGGAUACAAUCAGUACUAAGCGUACGUAUUCACCUUGCUUGCUGGGUAUGAUAAUUGCAUUUGUUGCAGUUGUCACGGUAACGGCGAUCACUCUAAGUGUCUUUUUAACUAUUUCAAGUCACAACAUAGAUGACAAUGGAACGUCUUUCAACAUGUCUUUAAGUGUGGAAAACAGGAAGUUUAUACCGGAAAUGACAAACAUGUCAUCAACUGUGUCUCAACAAUUUUCUCAACAAAUAUGCAGAUCGAUUUUAUACCGACUGACUCCCAUCAAUUCCAGAAAACUCUGCCAUGUCACGAAUCUCACGAAUGGAAGUGUUGUUAUCAACUUUAGUGUGACAUUCUCCAAAACUGCCGUUAACGAAAGUGAAGUCGUAUUCCUCCUCAAAGGGUUCAACACUAGAGACACUUUUCGUUUCUCCAAGGUUCAAGUCUACCUUACACCAGCUCAACUACAGUCUCAGACUGCUAAUCCAUCAUCAGGAGUCGUCGAUGUAACUACAUCUGGAAAUACGUCAAUGAUAAUGAGCAUCACAACAGCUGGCAUUGAUUAUUCGACACAAAACACAGCACAAAAUUUGACAUCGUUUGCAAACACAAGGAAUAUUGUUGACGUCACUCCACUGAUUUCUUCUGAAAGACAGACAAACGUAGCUGAACUAUCGCAAAAACCAGAAUAUGAUGGAAUUUCAGAAACUAGUACCAAUAGCAUUUACAGCACGAACAAUAAUAACGACAUGGCAUCUGAUAAUUCCAUGUUUACACUUGUGACGAUAUCAUACUUUGGUUCUGAACCUGCUGGUAAUGAUGACAUUGAUGUGAGUACAGUAAAAGAAAAUUCGCCUCUGUUCGUGUCAGGCUGGACACCUUUAACAGACAGUAGUCUUGCUCAAGAUUUUACUAGGUCGACGGAAAUAAGUGAAUUAAGUAACAUGAUAAUAACUAUGCCGUUGACAUCUGAGAAUUACAAAACUGAAGAUUAUCUCACUGAUACAAAUAAAAAUGUUAAAAAUUCAGAGAUUUCAACGAUAGCCUUUACAGAAUUGACAGAAAAAUCUUCACCUGACAUUAUCAAUAAACCAUCAACUUUCAACACAGAUUAUAAGGACAUUACAGAAACCUCAGUAACCAAUAUGCAGACACUUGAUAAUGAAUUAUUUACACCAGGAUCGAUAUUUACCAUGAACGAUUUCACAAAUUUUGAUGUAACUAAUACUGAGGAAACUCCAGUUUCAUCCACAACAGUCCAAACAGCUGAUUUUCUGCUUACUACUUACAAUUCUAAACCAGAAAUAACCAGCCAAGCUGAAAUAAUGUUCACUUCCGACCUUAUAACACCUGAUGAACGCUUAACCAUGUACGAUACCUCACGACUAACGGCGAAUUCUGUAACUAAUACAGAAGAUAUUACGACGAUUGAUGUGAAAGAGAGAGAUAUCACAACACUUGAUAUUAACUAUAACACUCAAAGUAUUAUAUAUGAUUUGACAUCGCAUAGCAACAUAAGAGAUACUAGCAACACCACACCAGAUGUAAGCAACAUUACUCCAGAUUUUACGACAUCUGGAGAUAUCACUGACUCUACACAAAUCACAAUGUCAGAAACUCAUGAUUAUACGAAACACAAUACUACACAAGAUGCAUCACUUUCUACAGAAACAACAGAUUCCACUACAUACAUUAUUGUUACACCGAAAGACACUCCACCUUAUACACUGGAGACAACACCUGAUAUUGUCAGUACAACAUAUAACAACGUCAAAGAAGAAUCCACAGUAUCUUAUACAAUAUCAUCCGAAGCGAAUGAAACAAUUAGCUUGGCUUCAGGUUCAACUUUAAAUUUUGUUACCUCUGACACAAUCAAUACGGAAGCCUAUAGCUCAACACCUAUAAUUAAUUCUGGAAGCCUGCAACCACAGACCACUCCGGUUACCGAAAACAUAUAUACAGAAAAUACACCGGUUGAAUCACAGUCGAUGACGGAUAUUUCAUUAACGGCAACCGAGCCAGCUCUUACCACAACUGAUGUUUCACCAACUUUAACUUUAAUGCAAGAUGGAGCCAACCUGAACAAAAUAAUUUGUCAGGGGAAUAAUAUAGCCGAAUUUACGAAGCUAACAGUAUACGCCGCAGCAAAUUUUAACGAUGAACCUGAACUUAAAAUAGUUUGUAACCACACAUCAUGUGAAACAAGUAGUUGGUGGUCUGCCAGAGUACAGAUAGACUUAAUCAUCAACGAUACGAUUGUACAAACUUCCCUGACCUUCUCAUCUGAUACAUGCUCGGUUUCUAAACAAUUCAGCUGCUUUUUGUCCUCCGAUGACGAUGAAUUAGUAGAUUCGAAAACGUUUACUAUCAUAGUUCCUCCGAAAACAGCCAUAUUAAAACAUAAGAAAGGAAUAUCAGCAAACUGGCAGACAGAUAUCGAGUGUUUCAUUAUUGGAGCCAAACCUUCAGCUGUUUGGCUAGAAACACGACAGAUUUUAUUAACCAAUUUCAGCGAGUAUAAAACUUCAGUGUAUACAGAUAUUCAAAAAGAUGGAUGCUUUUAUAAAAGUCACUACCGAUUUGCUGUCAAAUUCCCUAAUUCUUUCAACUUAUCGACAAUUCGCUGCGCUCUGAAUAUCACCUCAAACUACAAAACCUUUUUUACUAACGAAAACGAACUGAAAUUAAUACCAGAAGAUUACUGUGCUGAUGGGCAUAUCUUCAAAGUCUACCCGUUUGAUGCUUGUAGUGAAUCGUUCGUGCAUUGUGCAAAUAACUACAGCUACAUCGCAAAUUGCCCAGACCAUCAUUGCAUUGACGCAGAUAUCGGAAUAUGUGUGAUGUGUGACUGCAAUCAGAGCAAGUCAGUAACUGGAACAUAUGAGAAAAACAAAUCAACUUUACGAUAUGAAGAUUGUUUCUUCGAAUGCUCUUGUAUUGCCGGAGGAACAGACUUUGAUCAUGCAGCUAUUAGAGGAAAUUGCACUCAUUACGUAUACUGCUACGGUGAAAGCGAACAUGUGAUAGCUUGUCCGAAUGGAUAUUUUUAUAACUACAAAUCAGAACAAGGAACAAUCCCAUGUGAAAGAACAGCUGACAACUGUAGCCCUUAACUAUUACCAUUGUUGAAAUUGCAUACAUGUAAUUGUUGUAAUGGCAUGUUCACAAAGCACAAAACUCUUUUAUGUCCAUUUAAACCUACUUGCUGUGUAUCAAUAGUGAUUCUAUACAUAAAUGCAACACAAACUUUACAGGAAAGAUUAUUCUUAAAUGUGUUGCACCGUUUGUCUCUUCUAUAUUCUUUAGUACUAAAACUUGAGUGAAUAAUAUUUUAUAGAGAAGCAAAAUGAGCAACUAGAAUAAAAUUGUUUGUGGCCUUGGUGUUGACCAGCUAAAAGUUGCCAUCCAUUUUGCUAAAACCUGACAUAUUUCUGAGUUUAGAAAACUGAAACAUGACACAUUUGAAAGUAACACAUAUUUUACAAUUGUCUGAUUUUCUUAUCACUGAAGUUGUGCUACCUUUUCAUCGAGCACGAUGCUGCUGCUGGUGUUGCUGCAACUACUACUACUACUACUACUACUACUACUACUAUUACUACUAUUGCUGCUGCUUCCACCCUGCUGCUGUGUUCAUUGCAAUGACAUUGCGUAAUCUACUUCAAUAUUUCAUUUUGUUUCAGACAGAUGUCUCUUAAGAGAAGAAAAAGAAACCGCAUGUUUUCCCAGCUACAGUACCAUCCUACAAAUAUAUUUCAUUUCAAUUAAGAGAUGUGAAACGUCUCAUCCAACUUUUGCUUAAUAAUAUACCAGUUAUAAAAUGCUAUGCCUGGGAAUCUCCCAAGUGAUAAAAGUUAAAACUUACCAGAACGCUUGUUUGUAUGAAAAAAUAAAGAUAGAAUGUCUUCCCAAGAAAAAAGAAUACUAUUGUGUAAAAAACAAACUCAUACAAAACCUGGUUACUUUAACAUGUUCUUGCAAUGAUUAAAUAAGAAUAAGACAUC